UGUGGUUGGCAUCACUGCUUUCCAAUGGAAACUUCUGAUCCAUGUGUUUUGCAUAAAACACCAUAAUUUUACUCAUUUAAGUACCGUAAGCCAUAAAAAUCAGUGAAAAAUGGGCACAAUUGUAGAGAAAAUUUCUGCCAUUGAAGCAGAGAUGGCAAGAACUCAAAAAAACAAAGCAACCGCAGGACAUUUGGGCUUACUCAAGGCGCGAUUGGCGAAAUUGCGACGAGAGUUGAUCACACCGAAGGGUGGUGGGGGCGGUACCGGUGAAGGUUUCGAUGUAGCCAAAACCGGCGAUGCGAGAAUAGGAUUCGUUGGGUUUCCUUCUGUCGGGAAGUCGACCUUGUUAAGUAAUCUGGCCGGUGUGUAUUCUGAGGUUGCUGCUUAUGAGUUUACAACUCUUACGACCGUUCCGGGUUGUAUCAAGUACAAGGGUGCCAAAAUACAGUUACUGGAUCUACCCGGAAUCAUCGAGGGGGCGAAGGACGGUAAGGGUAGAGGUCGACAAGUAAUUGCGGUUGCCCGUACUUGUGGACUAAUUUUUAUUGUUCUUGACGUUUUGAAACCCCUACAGCAUAAGCAAUUAAUCGAGCACGAAUUGGAAGGGUUUGGUUUACGGCUGAACAAACAGCCACCUAAUAUUACCUUUAGAAAGAAAGAGAAAGGUGGAAUUAACUUGAACAUUAUGGUACCCCAGUCUGAACUUGAUUUAGAUACCGUAAAAACGAUUUUGUCAGAGUACAAGAUUCAUAAUGCGGAUAUUACAUUGAAAUAUGAUGCCACCAGUGAUGACCUUAUCGAUAUUGUGGAGGGAAACCGAGUGUACAUGCCCUGCAUUUAUUUAUUAAACAAAAUUGAUCAAAUUAGUAUAGAAGAAUUAGAUGUUAUUUACAAAAUUCCACAUUGCGUUCCCAUUUCUGCACACCACAAGUGGAACUUCGAUGACCUUCUGGAAAAGAUGUGGACCUACCUAAAACUCGUGAGGAUCUACACGAAACCAAAAGGACAACUGCCCGAUUACAAUUCCCCAAUAGUCCUGCACUCUGACCAUACGUCCGUAGAAGACUUCUGUAAUAAGCUCCAUAAAAGCAUCGCCAAGGAAUUUAAAUAUGCGCUCAUUUGGGGUUCGUCCGUUAAACAUCAGCCUCAGAAAGUUGGCAAAGACCAUUUAUUGGCAGAUGAGGAUGUCGUGCAAAUUGUUAAGAAAGUUUGAACAUUUUUUAUCUUGUGACAGCAGGUGUACAAUAUGGUGCAAGUGUGAUUUUUAUGAAAUAAAUGAUUCUUUGCAA